GAGCGAAAGUUUUGUAAAGCAUGACAGGAUGGACGGGAUGUGGGGAUGUGUACUGGUUAAAACUAGUCACAACUUUAAAAUAAAUUCUUAGAGAGGUUUUUCAAACAACGACACACAAAUUUACUGUAAAAAUGGAAGGUCUGGAAAUGUCUGCGAUGAUACCGGCUCUUCAGGAGCUGGCUAGUGCCAGCGCUGCAGAGUACGACCAGGCGGCGCAGAAACCUCGACAGAUCCUCUGCCAGUUCAUCGACAGGAUACUGACAGAUGUGGAUGUCGUUGCUCUAGGGUUAAGUAAGAAGUCCAGCUCAGAGCCAGCUUGUGUGAUGCUGCUGGACUUUGUUCAGCACAUAGUCAAAUCUUCAUCUCUGAUGUUUGCCAACCCUGCCUGCCAGCCUGCUGACUACUCAGAAACCACACAGAGCUGCACUGACUUCACUAAGUGGGUAGCAGUGCGUUUCCUUCGUGUGGCAGCAGCUCCAGGCUGUGACGUCAUCCAUGGGCGGGUUUCUGCUGUGUUGUGCUCUUUACUUCACACUCUGAGAGUCCGUGCACCAUUUAUCUUCAGUUGCCUCAUUCGGGAAUUUAUAUUUUUGUUCCAGGAACUCAGCACUAUCCUGUACACUCAUAUUAGCAUGCUGGCAGGACAGGGACACAUUUUAGACAUUCACACAAAGAGCCAAUGGCCUGUAACCCUCAAGUGCUUCAGUUUAUCCCCCGUUUGUGCCUCCUCAUACCUCACCCCCUCUGCUCUUGUGCUCUCUUCUCCCGCUGCCUUGGAGUCACUGACUGCCGUGACGAUUGAUAUCAUAACCGACUCCCUGAGAGGAGUCGUGUCCUGUCGUGACCUGAGUGUAGCCUGGGAAACUGCAUGCUUCGUCCUAGCUAACGGGAACACCAGGCUGAGGAAGACCUCCAUGGUGAUACUGAGAAGACUGGUGGAGCUGAGAGGCUUUCCUGAGAUGCAGGGCCACGAAUUCUUCACAGCCUACUUCCAGUUGCUUGAAACACACUCCUACUCUGCCACAGCAAACAUAAAUGAGAAACAAAUUUAUGAAGGAGAACUGAUAAACCUGACCCGCUGCGUGUUUCACCCAUCUCACGUUUCUCACUCACACUUCGAGCCCAUCAACCUCUCACAGAUGUUUGAGUGUGUUUGCACUCUUGCAGGAGCUGGAGUCAAGUUAGGUGUAGAAGUUACUGAGUCUCUCUGCCUGCUUUUUAGCUUCUUGCUAUCUGUUGCACCAGUUUAUGAGAGUGCUGCGUUGCUCAGGAGGCAGCGGGUCACAGAGGUCUGCAGGACACUAGCAUGCACUGUUGGGACAGAAAAUCAAGCUGAAUGUGCAGAAGGGUUUCUCCAAGCCGCCCUGAAGGCAGAGAUAGCUUUAGUGUUGCAGGAUUGUAAAGAUGGAGCGACGCCUGCCAAGAAAUCCUGCAAAUCUGCCACCAGUUCAGUCAGUAAAACUCCAAAAAUAUCCUCAAGUGAAGUGGACAUGCGUGUUCGCUGUAAAGUUUGGGCUGGAUUAAACAGUCGGCUGGAGGAGCUUCUGAUGCUGUUGGACUCUGCUGAGCCUGAGACCACACAGAGUCUGUCUGCUCUGCAGGGUCUGGCCCUCAUUCUCCACCUAGCAGCCCUCUGCUCCUCUCCUAUCAGCACCUUCUCACCUCUUCUCUGGGUUCCCACUGAGACUUUGAGCAGGGUCCUAAAGAGCUGUCAGUCACUGUUAGAAGGAGGAUCUCAGCCUGUGUCAAAUCAGAGCUACUUUCAAUCUGCUGUCCAGAUCACUGUCAGGGUCCUCGACUCUAUACUCUACCUGACAAUGAGCAACCAUAGUAAGGAUGGGCUCCAACAAGGCGUAUGUGCUCUGCUGUCUCUUCCCUGGGUGUGUGAGAACAAGUCUACCUCAACCUAUAAGACUUCAGGGUUCCCAUCCUGGCUGCCUGCUUUGGCUCAGAGACUCAGCUUCUGCUAUUCACCCGAGGUCCAGGAAGUCUGUGUGUCACUGCUGGCCUUUUUACGUGGUGGUGUGUGCGAGACGUGGCGUGUGUGUGUGUUUUCAAAGGCGCUGCAGAGUCGGGAGGAGGUGGUGAGAGUGGCAGCAGUCAAGACUUUCCCUCUUCUUCUUCACAACCUGGGAAGCAUGCACUACAACCUCAUCGGCACUACUUUGCUUUCCAAGCUGGAGGACAGUUCAGAGCAGGUGAAAAAAGAACUUGCCAGGAUCACUGGUCAGCUGAGCUGCCUCCAAUCAGAGCUCUCCAGCCUUAGUGACAUCCACACAGAGUCCACCUGUCUUCCCAAAAUCCUCUGCCUCCAUUGUAGUCUUGCAGCAGAUCAUGCUGGGAAAGCAGUGCCAUCCCUCAAGGCAGCUGUGAUUAGACCCUUUCUUCCACUGCUCAGACCACAAGCUCCAAGCAGUGUUAAACAAGCUUUCCUAGAAGCUCUUCCCCACCUGUGCCAGCACGUGAAUCUGACUGGUGCAGACAGCGACUCGCGGGCUGUACUCUGCGCCCUCAUUGGUCUAAUGGAGGAUUCCGAUCCUGUGGUUAGAAUAUGCUUCAGCCAAUCAGUGCGUUUCCUGCUUAUAAGGACUGACAAGAACUCUGAGCAGGGCUCUUUGAAUGAGCUACUAGUUGCAUGUCUUAAAGAUGCAUUCAGCAACGCUAAACUCAACAGAGAUGACAACCUGCGUAACACUCUCAUCCUCACCACUGGAGAGAUCGGCAGAGCAUCUCAGGGCAGUUUGGUGUCGUUUUCUCUGCUGCGUCUGCUCCACUGUCUGCUGUCCAAGUCAUCCCAGGUGUCUGUAGCUGCUUACACUCAAAUUCGAGCCCUGGCCACCACGAAAGGCUUGAAACUGCAGACGCUCUUCAGUCAGUACAAGAACCCCAUCUGCCAGUUCCUGGUGGAGUCGCUACAUUCACGCCAUGCAUCGGCCCUGCGGAGCACGCCAGAUCAAGGAACUGAAUCAGCCAAUCAGAGGGAGCUGGCUCUGGACAUUCUUGCUCAGAUUGCACAUGCUUUUGACUUCCCAGACCUCCACCGCUUCCUCACCCGGACCCUCCAGGUGUUGCUGCCCUACCUGGCAGCAAAGGCAAGCUCUACAGCUUCCGCCCUCAUUCGUACUCUGGCCAAUGAGCUGAAAGCAAACAGGAGAGAGAUUUUGAUCAAUAACUUUAAGUACAUCUUCAGCCAUCUGGUCUGUUCUUGUACUAAGGAGGAGCUUGAGAGGGCUUUCCAUUACCUACAGAGUGAGACAGAGAUUGAACUAGGCUCUCUGCUACGCCAAGACUUCCAGGGUCUUCACAAUGAGCUGCUGCUGCGUCUCGGAGAGCACUACCAGCAGGUAUUCAAUGGCUUGGCAAUCUUGGCUUCCUUUGCAUCUAAUGAUGAUCCGUACCAGGGUCCCCGAGACAUCACCACCCCAGAACUCAUGGCUGACUACUUGCAGCCGAAGCUGCUGGGGAUCCUCGCCUUUUUCAACAUGCAGCUGCUUAGCUCCAGUGCCGGAGAGAAGGACCGCAAGAAACUGGCUUUGACGAGUGUGAUGGCUCUGAUGCGACUGAUGGGCUCCAAACACAUCAGCUCUGUGAGAGUGAAGAUGAUGACGACGCUUCGCACUGGCCUCCGAUACAGAGAGGACUUUCCUCUCCUCUGCUGCCAGACGUGGGAGUGUUUUGUGAGGAGUGUCGAACCUUCACACCUGGGCCCUCUGCUGAGUCAUGUUAUUGUUGCUUUGCUCCCCUUGAUCCCACUGCAGCCCAAAGAAACUGCUGCUAUUAUCCGCUUCCUCAUCCUGGACAACAGGGAAGAGGUCAAUGACUACCUUCAUGAGAUUUACUUUCUACCAGACCAUCCUGAGCUAAAAGACAUUCACACAGUUCUGCAGGAUUGCAAAAAGCUGACGGCCAGCAGCAGCGACCUGGCCGCAGCGUUGCAGCUCUCCAUGAGAGCCGUUCAACAUGAGAAUGUGGACGUGAGGAUCCACGCGCUGACCAGCCUCAGGGACAUGAUGCAUAGCAACCAGGAGUGGCUGCUGCGGCAGGUUUGUGCGAGUGAGGCUGUGGAGCCGGUCAUUUCCAACCUGGUGUCAGUGCUGCUGAAAGGCUGCCAGGAUUCAUCACCAGAGGCCAGGCUGCUCUGCGGGGAGUGUCUGGGGGAGCUGGGCGCCGUGGAUCCAGGACGCCUGGACCUGUCGCAAACACACACCCACGGCAACCACAACACCUUUGUGAGCGGGGUUGAUGAUCCUAACUUUGCCUAUGAUUUGCUAACUGAACUAACCAGAAUAUUUCUGGCGUACGCUGAUGACGUGAGAGCUCAAGACUCUGCUGCUUAUGCAAUUCAGGAACUGCUCUCCAUAUUUGAGUGUCGCGAGGGUCGAAUUGACUCACCAGGCCGCCGUCUGUGGAGGAGAUUCCCCGAGCAGAUUCAAGAAAUACUGGAGCCUCACCUCAACAGCAGAUAUAAGAGCAGUCAGAAGGAGGUGAACUGGUCUAAGCUGAAGAAACCAGUGUACCUCAGCAACAGAGGCAGCAAGUUCUCUGACUGGUCAGCCACCUGGGCUGGAUAUCUCAUCAGCAAGGUGAGACAUGAGUUGGCCAGCAAGGUGUUCAGAUGCUGUUGUUUCAUCAUCAAACACGACUACAAGGUCACAAUCUACCUGCUGCCACAUAUUCUGCUCUACAUGCUGCUGGGCUGCACACCUGCAGAACAGCAAGAGGUAACCAAGGAAAUGCUGGCUGUACUGACAGAGGGAGAUGGACGAGCCGAGGGGCUUGCCCAGGAGACGGCCUCGAGCCUAUCACAACUGAGCACUCAGACUGUGUUCAGCAUGUUGUCACACCUCACACAGUGGAGCCGCCACAUCCUCUACUCCAAACCCAAGCAUGAGAGUGGGGAUUAUCAGCGCAUAGUGGCCUUCUUGAAAGGUAUCCCACAGGAUGUUCUGGCCAAAGCGUCUCUGCGAUCCAAAGCGUACACUCGUGCCCUCAUGCACUUUGAAGCUUACAUCCUGGAAAAUAAAGAAAACAUCCAGGACCACCUCACCUUCCUGCAGACGCUGUAUGCUGCAAUGCAUGAGCCAGAUGGAGUGAGAGGUGUCAACGCUUUGAGGAGGGAGGAGCCAUCACUCCAGGAACAGAUACUUGAACACGAGAGCAUCGGGCUGCUCCGCGACGCCACCGCCUGCUAUGACCGAGCCAUACAGCUGGAGUCAGACCAGAUAGCUCAUUAUCAUGGAGUGAUGACCUCUAUGCUCGGCCUGGGGCAGCUGUCCACAGUCAUCACGCAAGUCAAUGGAGUGCUGGCCAACAAACUCCAAUGGAAGUCAGAGCUCAACUGCUACAGGGUAGAGGCAGCCUGGAAGCUCGGAAAAUGGGACCUGCUGGAAGAUUAUUUGAGUUCAGACCAGCAGUCCAAUACAUGGGGUGUGCGACUCGGCCAGAUGCUGCUCUCGGCUAAGAAGCAGGAUGCUGAAAAUUUCUAUGAGAAGCUGAAGCUGGUGAGGAAGGAACAGGUCGUCCCUCUGUCAGCUGCCAGUUAUGAGUGUGGAACCUACCAGAGAGGAUACGAGUAUAUUGUCAGACUCCACAUGCUCAGCGAGUUGGAGCACGCGUUCACGCAGCUGCAGAAACACAGGGAGGGCGCCGUCUCCAGCCCCAGCCAGCUGCUUCCCCAUUGGUCAGAUCGGCUGGAGAUGACACAAAAUUCAUUCAGGGCCAAGGAGCCGAUCCUGGCCCUCCGCCGGGCCCUGCUCAGCCUGGAACCACAACCUGUGAUUAAGGAGCUGGUUGGGGAGUGCUGGUUACAAAGUGCCCGGGUGGCCAGGAAAGCAGGGCACCAUCAGACAGCCUUUAACGCCCUUCUUAAUGCAGAAAACACAAAUCUAGCUGAACUUGUUACCGAGAAGGCAAAGUGGCUUUGGUCUAAGGGAGAUGUCCACCAAGCCCUGAUCGUUCUGCAGAAGGGUGUGACCCAGUGCUUCCCUGAAGAUCAGCCCCUGACAGAUCCUCGCAGCCUGCAGACUAAAGGCAAAGCCAUGCUGCUGGUGGGACGCUUCAUGGAGGAGACGGCCAACUUUGAGUCUAAUGCUGUCAUGAAGACGUACAAGGAUGUGACAAACCUCCUACCAGAGUGGGAGGAUGGCAACUUCUACUUAGCCAAGUACUAUGACAAAGUGAUGCCAAUGGUGACGGAUAACAAACUGGAGAAACAGGGUAACCUCAUCCGAUACAUCGUCAUGUUCUUUGGAAAUGCGCUGCAGUUUGGAAACCAGUAUAUCUACCAGGCCAUGCCUCGCAUGCUGUCCCUCUGGCUGGACUUUGGAGCCAAAGUGUGCGAAUGUGAGAAAGCUGGGCGAGCAGACAGACAGAUGCGACAGGAGCUCAGUAAAAUCAACACAGUAGUGAGUGAGCAUUGUGCUAACCUGGCACCAUACCAGUUCCUGACCGCAUUUUCCCAGCUCAUCUCAAGGGUGUGUCACUCCAGCGACGAGGUCUUCUCUGUCCUCAUGACCAUUGUAGCCAAAGUGUUCCACGCGUACCCCCAACAGGCUAUGUGGCUAAUGACUGCUGUCUGCAAGUCGUCCUACCCCAUGCGUAUGAAUCGCUGUAAUCAGAUCCUUAAGAAAGCCGUCAGUCUUAAACAGUCUCUGGAAAAAUUCAUUGGAGAUGCCAACAGACUGACAGACAAGUUUCUGGAGCUCUGUAACAAGCCGGUUGAUGGUAACAGCACUACCCUCAGUAUGAGCAUUCACUUCAAGCAGCUGAAACGUCUGGUGGAGGAGCCGACCUUCAGUCAGAUCCUGAUCCCUCUGCAGUCGGUCCUCAUCCCAACACUGCCCUCCACAGGCGGAGCGAACACACAGCAUGACGCCUUCCCCGGACACUGGGCAUACCUGGAUGGCUUUGAAGACACUGUGGAGAUCUUGGCUUCUUUACAGAAGCCAAAGAAGAUAAGUCUGAAGGGUUCAGAUGGCCGGAGUUACACCAUGAUGUGUAAACCUAAAGAUGACCUGAGGAAGGACUGCAGGCUCAUGGAAUUCAACUGUCUCAUCAAUAAGUGCCUACGUAAAGAUGCUGAGUCCAGACGUAGGGAGCUACAUAUCCGCACGUAUGCUGUGAUUCCCCUCAAUGAGGAGUGCGGCAUCAUCGAAUGGGUCAACAACACUGCUGGACUGCGGCACAUUCUUACCAAGCUAUACAAAGAAAGAGGUAUCUACCUAUCAGGUAAAGAGCUCAGGAAGCUUAUUCUUCCAAAGACAGCUCCCUUUGAGGAAAAACUGCGAAUCCACAAGGAGGUGCUGUGUGCACAACACCCCCCUGUCUUCUAUGAAUGGUUCCUCCGGACCUUCCCUGACCCCACGUCAUGGUACAGCAGUCGCUCGGCAUACUGUCGCUCCACUGCUGUGAUGUCCAUGGUGGGCUACAUCCUGGGCUUGGGUGAUCGCCACGGAGAAAACAUCCUCUUUGACUCCUUCACUGGGGAAUGUGUUCAUGUGGACUUCAACUGCCUCUUUAACAAGGGGGAGACAUUUGACGUGCCAGAGGUUGUUCCCUUUCGUCUGACCCAAAACAUGGUCCAUGCUAUGGGGCCCAUGGGCACUGAAGGCCUCUUUAGGCAGGCCUGUGAGGUUACACUGAGACUAAUGAGAGACCAGAGAGAGCCACUCAUGAGUGUGCUUAAGACCUUCCUACAUGACCCACUGGUGGAGUGGAGCAAGCAAGCCAAAGGACAAUCAAAAGCUCAGGCCAAUGAGACAGGAGAGAUAGUUAAUGAAAAGGCUAAAACCCACGUGUGUGACAUCGAGCAGCGCCUGCAGGGGGUGAUUAAAAGCAGGAAUAAAGUGCUGGGUCUGCCUCUGUCCAUAGAGGGGCACGUUCAUUACCUCAUACAGGAAUCCACGGAUGACAAACUGCUCUGUCUGAUGUAUUUAGGCUGGGGGCCUUACUUGUAGAAAAAAAAAAGCAGUCAUUUCAGGAGAAUUUAAUAUGCAAUCCAAGCACUUUUGACUGUUUACAUUAUCCUGAUAAUUCAGUGUUUUGCUGUACCUUUUCCAUUUCCAGUUUUCUAGAAAAAAAAUCAUAAAUGCAGCACUGUUGUACAUUCCCUUGUAAUAAAGCUACUCUGUUGAUAAACAUG